CUUUGUUGAUCAACCACUACCGCCUCGGUAGCCUGCAACUUUCUGCAUUCGCUUGUAUUACUACCUGGAUACCCUCCGUCGACUGGCCUCUCUUCUGUAACAUUGCUCGAUUGACUGGAUGGACCUUCAGUCGCUCUCGAAGCUCUUCGCGAGCUCCUACAACCCGGACCCAAAUGUCCAAAAAGCAGGCGAGCUUCAUAUCCGCAAGAUAAGUGGCCAGGAGGGCAUGCUUGCCGCCGUCUUGCAGAUCAUCGGGAAUGAUAAUAUCGAACUCGCUACCCGUCAAGCCGCUGCUGUAUAUCUCAAAAACCGUGUUCACACUUCAUAUUACAUCGACCCCGCUCAGCAACGGCCAGAACAGAUUCCACUCCAUGACUCCGAUCGCACUGCGCUCAAAGCAUCCCUUUUGCCGCUCUUGGCGGUCUCUCCGUCAAAAUUGAUCACAGUACAGCUCGCAAAUGCAUUGAAAACCAUCGUCAUGCGCGACUUUCCUGAUCAGUGGCCGGCUUUGCUGGAUGACGUGAAGCGACUGCUCACGAGUCAUAGUGUACGGGAGGUCUGCGCGGGAUGUGUUGUUGCACUAGAGAUGGUCAAGGCGUUCCGCUUCCGCCAAAUGAGCGAUGUGCUCCCGCAACUUGUCACAGAGUUGUUCCCAACACUGGUCAAUAUCGCACAACAGCUGCUCACGACGCCUCCUGCAAAUGCAUCUGCGGAAAUUCCUUUCAUGCUCCACCUGAUCCUCAAGACAUACAAGACGAGCAUCGUGCUUCAUUUGAGCGCGCAUCAGCAGAGCGCGGAGAGCUUGGUUCCGUGGGGUAGGCUGCUCUUCCAGGUAGUGAAUCUGCAGAUUCCGAAGGAAGCUGCGCCGGAGGAUGAGGAAGAGCGGGAACGCAGCGAGUGGUGGAAAGCGAAGAAAUGGGCAUAUGGCAUUCUUGGUCGCUUGUUCCACCGAUUCGGUAAUCCUUCGCAACUACCAAGUUCGAUGAAGGAGGAGUACGGCCGGUUUGCCCAACAUUUCGUGACGACGUUCGCUCCGGAGAUCUUUAAGAUCUAUCUUCACCAAGUGGAGCUGUACGUGUCCGGACAGGCUUGGUUGUCGAAGAAGUGCCAGUACCAGAUCUUCUCAUUCUUCACCGAGUGCGUAAAGCCAAAGUCAACAUGGGCUAUGCUCAAGCCACACUUCCAAACUCUCGUGUCAUCCUACGUAUUCCCCCAGUUGUCCUUCAAUCCUGCCAAGCAAGAACAGUGGGAUUCAGAUCCAGUCGACUUCGUUCGCACAUCAGUGGACGAAUAUGAGAACUUCGAUAGCCCUGUGUCCGCCGCGACAUCUUUCCUUUUCGCGCUUUCCAGCAACCGGACAAAAACGACCUUCAUGCCCAUCCUUGGCUUCAUUACGCGAGUUCUUCAGUCGAAACCCGCAGCUCCGCAGCGUUUCGGUGCUCUCAACAUGACGGCUGCACUUGGACCGUUCAUGAUGCGCCACCCAGAAGUGAAAACCAAUAUUGAGCAGUUCUUGGUCCAGUUCGUCCAACCGGAGUUUGCCAGUCCGGAGCCAUAUAUGCGAGCCAUUGCAUGCGAAGUUGUGGGAACAAUGGAGAAGACAGGAAUGAGGUGGUCGAACGACCAGAUUCUCAGUCAGCACUUCACUGCUAUCGCAUCAUGUCUGGAUGACCCCGAGCUUCCCGUUCGAGUUCAAGCCUGUCUGGCUCUCACUGAGAUGGUAGUCUGCCAUGAAUCAGUGAGGGCCGCUGUCGCACCACAGGUGGGAAAGGUGAUUCAAACUCUAUUGAAGCUAUCAGAAGAGACGGACCUCGACAUCCUGAACUCUUGCAUGGAAACCAUGGUGGAACAGUUCCAUAACGAGCUGCUGCCUGUCGCAGCAGACCUCACUGCGCGUCUCUGCGAGACCUAUGUUCGGCUGGCUCGAGAAAGCAUGGCUGCUGAUGAAGCCGGCAAUGGAGACGUGGACCUUGACACGAUCGUGGAGAGCGACGAAGGAGAAGACAAGACAUUCGCCGCUAUGGGGAUCGCCAAGACUAUUGGCACCAUUGUCAGCUCGGUCGAUUCAUCGCCCGAAAUCCUAGCGCAAAUACAGGAGAUUAUCAUUCCUAUAGUCGUCCUAACUCUGGAGAACAAGCUACUCGAUUUGUUUGACAACAUGUACGACUUGGUCGACAGUCUGACCUUCAAGCUCCGCAAUGUCUCGCCCAAUAUGUGGCCAGUUUUUGAGCUGACGUACAAGAUGUUCAAGUCUGAUGCUAUUGACUUCUUGGAUGAGAUGUUGCCAAGCCUGGAUAACUUCCUCUCUUAUGGCAUUGACGUCUUCAACAAGCGUCCUGAUUACAGGCAGAUGAUCCUCGACAUUUACACCACUUCGAUCAACAGCGAUCAUCUGGGAGAGAACGAUGCUGUGAAUGGUUGCAAACUGGCCGAGUCGAUGAUGCUGAACCUACGUGGGCACGUCGAUGACGCACUGCAAACCAUUGUUGCGACCUCGCUCAGCAUCGUGGACGCAGCGGAGUCAUCUGCACUGCGGCUGGCCAACCUCGAGGUUUUGAUCAACGCUGCGUUGUAUAACCCUGGAGCAGCGCUACAUUUCAUGGAAGCUUAUCGACCUGGUUCGGCGCGAGUGUUUUUCGACAAGUGGUUUGACGCCAUCAAGAUUUAUCAUCGGUUGCCGCGUGUACACGACAAGAAACUGAGCAUUAUGGCUCUGUGUGCACUCCUCGAGAUGGACCCUGCCCAGAUCCCCGAUUCUGUGAAGGAAGGUUGGCCGAUGAUUGUGGCGGGUGCUCUCCGCAUAUUUAAGGACUUGCCCAAAGCGAUCCAAGCACGGAAGGAACUGGAAGAAGCAUUUCAGGCUGAUGAUGAUGACGACGUUGAGAGUGAAGACGGCCGGCUCUUCAAUCUGAAUGAAGACGAUGAGGACGUAUGGGACGAGGAUUCUGCCUACAUGGAGAUGCUGGCAAAUGAGGGCGCCCGCUUACGGGAGAAAUCCGCAAGGCAAACCGCGGGAGAUGAUGCGUCAGAAACGACAGAAGAGUCUGAAAUUGACGAAGAACUUGGAUAUCUGAGCCCGCUCGACCACGUUGAUCCAUAUAUCUCAUUUAAGCAAGCGUUGACUACUUUCCAGAUGAAGAACCCUCAGUUCUACCAGCUGGCCACUACCUCGCUCGAUACGGAACAACAGACAUUGCUCAUGGAAGUGAUGCGUAUCGCGGAGGAGAGAAGUGUAGAAGCCCAAGCUACGCAGUGACGACAAUCCUCGUGGAAAGUAUAGCUUGCCAUCGUGAUGUGAUAUGUCCCAGACUGUUUAUGCUCGUCCUCCAUCAGACCAUACACUAUCCUAAAAUACUUUCUAGAUUUGUUGGACGCUAAUGUGGCUGUUACAUUGAUGUGUGGAUGCCUUGUCAGUCUCUUUUAUGGCAAUGAUACACAUUCUACUACGAUGAAACACCACUCGCGAUCUCAUGUUGCUGGCAUAGACCUGUCAAAGAGAUAGAGACAACGCAUGAGCAUCGGAUGGGUCAAUGG